AUGAGUGCGUCGCAGCCCUACGACGACGUGAACGUGACCGCCUGGGACGACAUACGGCGCGAGUUUGAGGAGAGCCUACUGACGAUCAAGGAGCCGACGACGCUGGCGCUGAUCGUCAUCUACACGCUGCUAUUCGUCAUGUCGCUCGUCGGCAACGUGUCGGUGUGCGUCGUCGUCUGGCGUAAUCACUACAUGCGCAAGGCGAAGAACUAUUUCCUGAUGAACCUCAGUCUGGCCGACCUGCUCGUCACGUUGAUCUGCGUGCCAAUCAUUCUCGGCAGCACGCUGUAUAGGAAGUGGGUGUACGGCGUCGCCAUGUGCAAGCUGGCAUGGUUCUUUCAAGGUGUGGCGGUGGCCGCCAGCAUUCUGUCGCUGACGGCGCUCAGUCUCGACCGCUACCUGGCCGUCAAGCAUCCGGAGUUGUUCCGCCGCAUCAGCAACCACAAGAACGGCAUCAAGCUGCUCGGCCUUAUCUGGCUCGUCUCAGCAAUCUUCAUGAUGCCGCUGCUGUACGUGCGGCGGGUCUUCGAGGAGAGCCUGCCGGAGUUCGGCAUCCAGAUCUCGUUCUGCGUCGAGUCGUGGUCGAGCGAGGCGUCGAAGCAGGCGUUCGCCAUCUUCAUGCUCAUCGUCGUCUACAGCGCGCCAUGCUCGGUAAUCGUCUACUGUCACUACGUCGUCUGCUCGACGCUGAGCGCGACGACGAACGUGUCGCGCCAGGACUCGGACACGAGCGGCGGCUGCGGCAACAAGGUGAGCCGACGCAGCAUCGCGCGCAUGCUCAUCGCGCUCGUCACCUGCUUCGUCGUCUGCUGGCUGCCGUACAACAUCUGCUCGCUGUGGUUCGACCUGCAGCAGACGUCGCUCGGCGUGCAGGUUCUGCCGUUCACGCUGCUGCUGGCGCACGCCAACUCGGCGUGCAACCCGAUUCUCUUCUGGCUGCUCAACAAUCACUUUCGAAACGGCAUCAACGGCAUCAUCUGCUGCGGCGGGUCGAGUAUCUACUCGCCGAAGCAUGCGAACGCGACCAACAUGCGCAGCCCGCCGCGCAUCGUCAUCCAUCAUGCACCGUCGAUCCGCACGCGCGACACUAACAGACGCACGAAGCCGCUAAUACCUGCCAACGCCGUGUGA